AUGCCUGACUUCAAGCUCUCAGCAACCCUUGAGGGCCACGGCGAUGAUGUUCGCGCCGUGGUCUUCCCAAACCCCAAUGUCGUUCUUUCCGCUUCUCGAGAUGCCACAGUUCGGCUCUGGAAGCUCGUCGCGACUCCUCCCCCCGUUUACGACUACUCGAUCGCUGCACAUGGGACAGCCUUUAUCAACAGCUUAGCCUAUGUCCCUCCAACCUCUCAAUAUCCCGAAGGCCUUGUCCUGUCUGCUGGACAAGAUUCAAUAAUUGAAGCCAGACAGCCGAGCAAGAGCGCGGCGGACGAUGCGGACGCUAUGUUGCUAGGCCACGGCCAUAAUGUUUGUGCAUUGGAUAUUUCCCCAGACGGUAGCUGGGUUGUCAGUGGUAGCUGGGACUCAACUGCUCGUCUCUGGAAGGUUGGCAAGUGGGAAUGUGAAGCUGUGCUGGAAGGACAUGAGGCAAGUGUCUGGGCUGUGCUGGCCUACGACGACAACACCAUCAUAACAGGUUGCGCCGACAAAAUGAUCCGGAUAUUCAAUACAUCAGGAGCUCUCCUCGGGAGCGUGCAGAACUCCAACGACGUUGUUCGCGCCUUGUGCAAGAUUCCUGCAUCGAACCCCACAGGUGCCCAGUUUGCAUCAGCCAGCAACGAUGGUAUAAUUCGUCUUUACACACUGCAAGGUCAACUCGUCGCAUCUCUUCACGGUCAUGAGAGUUUCAUUUAUUCGCUUGCUGCGCUCCCAUCUGGUGAGCUGGUGAGCUCAAGUGAAGACCGUACCGUGAAGAUCUGGCGUGGCACUCAGUGCGUGCAAACCAUUACUCAUCCUGCGAUCUCGGUGUGGAGUGUCGCAGCUUGUAAUGACACAGGCGAUAUUGUCACCGGUGCCAGUGACCGUAUUGCCCGUGUUUUCAGCCGAAGCCCAGACCGCCACGCAGCCCCAGAUGCCUUGAAUCUCUUUGACCAGGCUGUUAAAGAGUCUUCUAUUCCGGCGCAGCAGGUUGGCCAGAUCAAUAAGGAAGAACUACCUGGUCCAGAGUUCCUGAAAGAAAAGUCUGGCACUAAGGAAGGUCAGGUUCAGAUGAUUCGAGAGAAUGAUGGCAGUGUUACGGCCCAUACCUGGUCAUCCGCGUCACAAGAGUGGAUCGCUGUUGGUACGGUGGUGGACUCAGCUGGAAGCAGUGGCCGGAAGACCGAAUACCAUGGACAGGAUUAUGACUACGUCUUUGAUGUUGAUAUCGAAGAUGGAAAGCCGCCACUAAAGCUACCUUACAACGCCUCACAGAACCCAUACGAAGCUGCCACCAAGUUUAUCGGAGACAACGAGCUUCCUAUGACGUAUCUCGACCAGGUUGCAAGUUUCAUCACUCAGAAUACCCAAGGCGCCACAAUUGGACAGUCAUCCCAAGAGCCAGAGGGUUCUGACCCCUGGGGGUCAGACCGACGAUACCGUCCUGGUGACGCAUCAGCUGCUGAAGAGUCCCAACCUCCUGCUCCGGAGCCGCGGCCUGCGGUGCUUCCUCAGAAAACCUACCUCUCAAUCCGCUCGGCAAACCUCAAAGUAAUUACGAAGAAGUUGCAGGAGUUGAACGAUAGACUUGUUUCAGAUGGAUCAAAGGACACGGCCUUGAGCCCUUCAGAGGUGGAAACCAUUGUUGCCAUGUGUGGCCAAAUGGAAUCCUCUCAGCAGCUCAAGGACUCACCUGAGGUCAAAUCUGGAAUACCAUUGAUUCUCAAGAUUGUCACUUCCUGGCCUGCCGAGAACCGACUCCCUGGUCUUGAUAUUCUCCGUCUCCUAGCAGCCGCUUCGCCCCUCACAGCAGCGGCAGAGUACGCAGACGAGAAUGUUGUGUCAGGGGUCAUCUCUAGCGGUGUAUUUGAAUCUCCUCUCAAUGUCAACAACGCUAUGCUUGCCAUGCGUACCUUCGCAAACCUGUUUGAGACCCCUGCUGGCCGCGAACUGGCCAUGAGCUCGUUUGACCAGAUCCUGGCUGGAGUCCAGUCUGCCCUGGCUAACAGCGGAGCCUCACCAAACCGGAAUCUUAUCAUCGCUAUCACGACGCUGUACAUUAAUUUUGCAGUCUACCUUGUCUCCGAGGACAGGAACCAGACCCCAGAAUCGGCUGAACGCGGUCUCGUCCUCCUCGAGGAAUUGAAUAAGAUCUUUGCCGGAGAAAAGGAUUCUGAAGCGGUCUACCGAGCACUCGUUUCGCUUGGUACACUCAUCUUCUCUCUCGGAGAGGAGGUUAAGACUGCCGCCAAGGAAGUUUACGAGAUCGAAGGUGUGCUUGCCAGACUCUCGGCAUCAGGUCCGGGAAGGGAACCCCGUAUCAAGGGUAUCAUUGGCGAGAUUCGGGAGGCACUCUAA